GAGAGACGGAGGCUAAGAGGCUUUGCCAGCCCGCUCUCCUGCAAGGAGCAUCGUGAUGGCGCUCAGAGAUACCCGAGCCAAUCAACUGGACAAGUUCAUCGAAGACAACCUCCUGCCAGACAGCCCUUUCCGCACCCAGGUCAGAGAAGCCGUCGACAUCAUCUGCUCUUUCCUGAAGGAGAGGUGCUUCCGAGGGGCCGCACACCCUGUGCGGGUGUCCAAAGUGGUGAAGGGAGGCUCCUCAGGCAAAGGCACCACCCUCAGAGGCCGGUCAGAUGCUGACCUCGUUGUCUUCCUCACCAAUCUCAAAAGCUUUGAGGAGCAGCUUCUGCACCGAGGAGAAUUCAUCCUGGAAAUUAGGAGACAGCUGGAAGCCUGUCACAGAGAGAAACGAUUUAAAGUGAAAUUUGAGAUCCACAAUUCGCAAUGGGCGAAUCCCCGAGCUCUCAGCUUUGUGCUAACAUCCCCCCAGCUGGACCAGUGGGUGGAGUUCGAUGUA